GGUCUCACAGUGUACCCACCGAACGCAGCGUCAGAGACGCACUACAAUACCACUCACAACAUGCUCGAUUUCCUUUGACAAUCAAAACCCAUUGACAGGCUCCCACACCUUAGUAGGGCUAGCCUGGAUGCUAGGCUGUUUCUGCUUUAGCUAGCUUUUCAUGUAUUUCCGAAACUGCCUAGCAUUCAUCGUAACAAGGUGCCAUCUUUCUCAAUACAACCCCUUGAGCUGUCUUUCUCCAUUUAUUUCUGUUGUGUGCAGUGGAUUUAGUUGACAAACUGUAGCAUGCUUUCUCUAUAUAGUUGCUGAAGUUCUGCUCUGAGUCCUCCUUAGCCCGAGUGUCAGUCUGUUUCUUCUCUCUUCAUGGAAUUGUCAUGCAAUACAUGCAUGACAGUUUGGCUUGACAAUGACAGUGGAGUAGGCAAAAGCACAAACAAUCUGGGACCAGGCUAAUUCCUGCCUCAGCAUCCGAGUGACUCUGUUUGGCGUUGUUUUUCUUUCUCUAUAGCUUUUGGAUGGUUUUAUCGCUACGAAGGGAAGCUGCCCACACUCCGCAAGGUAUUCUGUACGGUCGCAGUUUGGUGUGCUGUGAGAUGUCUUCUGUCAAAGCUAACCGACAUAUUUCACUUUGUGCAAAAUAACAUCACUUGUUUACUGGUUCUGUCACCACAAUGCUGUGGCAGUUCUAUAAUAUAUUAUUGUAGAACGUUACUGUCUAGUUUCUAGUCUUGGUCCUUGUACGGUUUGUACGGUUUGGGGUGGAAUGGGUUCUGGUUUCUCCCUGGUUUCUAUAACGAUAAAUAUGAAUGAUGUCUCAGAAAGGAGAGAAGAAGAGGAAGAAGAAGAAGGUGUCCAACACGGACACCCUGCAGGAACAGAGGAAAAACAAGAAGGAGAUGGAGUUUGAGCUCAAGCUGGCUGCAGAGAAAGAGGAGAUGUAUGAACGAGAGAAGCAGCUGAAGAUCAGUAGACUGGUGCAGGAGGUGUCAGAGACAGAGCGGGAGGAUCUGGAGGAGUCAGAGAAGGUGCAGCACUGGGUGGAACGUCUCUGUCAGACACGCCUGGAACAGAUUUCCUGUGUGGAGAACGAGUCCCCAGAGGUACAUCUGGAAUCCCUUCUCUUUUCUGUGUAUCAGCUAGGAACACCGGUGGUCCUAUCACAUCGGAUACUUUUAUGUGUAGUAACUUUUCUUCAAUCAUUUCAUGUUUUUUCCCUUCCGUUGCAAAUUCAUAGAUUUGUCGUAGGCCACAAUGCUCUGUGACUGUGUGUACCAUGAUAGCUCUGUGGUUGUGAGUGUCUGAGAGGCUGGGCUUGUCCUUCAGAUGUCCCCUCCUCGGUCUCCUGCCUCUGGGCCCAUGGUGAGGCGUUUCCCCGGGGGUCUCCAGCUGGCCACCACUGACCUGGAUGAUUUGAAC